AUGACAUCGACAUCUAAAGGAAUUUUCCGGCCAUUUUUUAUUAUCUUCAUUAUCCUUGGUUGUUUCAUGGCAUUUAUAUUAAUUUAUAUCAAACCAACAAACAGCUGGAUUUCUGGUCCGAUAGAAUCAGCCAGUUCAGUGUUGAAAAUGAAGAACUUCUUUUCUUCCAAAACUGAUAAUCUCAAUGAAACCACUGUUUUGAUCUGGGUUUGGCCGUUUGGUCAGACAUUUGAUCUAACAUCCUGCCAAACCAUGUUCAACAUCCCUGGCUGCCAUCUGACCAUUGACCGCUCGCUCUAUAACAGAUCCCACGCCGUCCUCAUCCAUCACAGAGACAUUAGCUGGGAUCUGGCUAAUUUACCUCAGCAAGCCAGGCCACCAUUCCAGAAGUGGAUUUGGAUGAACUUGGAGUCCCCAACGCAUACCCCACAAAAGAGUGGCAUUGAGCACCUUUUUAACCUGACCCUGACUUACCGGCGCGACUCGGAUAUCCAGGUGCCUUACGGCUUCAUGAUGGUCGGUACGAGCUCCUUCACCUUUGAAGUACCAAGUAAGGAGAACUUGGUCUGUUGGGUUGUCAGUAACUGGAACCCUGAGCACGCCCGAGUCAAGUAUUACAACGAGCUUAGCAAAUACAUUGAAAUCCACACCUACGGACAAGCCUUCGGAGACUACGUCAACGAUAAAAACUUGAUCCCAACUAUCUCCACGUGUAAAUUCUACCUUUCCUUCGAAAAUUCAAUCCACAAAGAUUACAUUACUGAGAAACUUUACAAUGCUCUUCUGGCUGGAUCAGUACCAGUUGUACUGGGCCCUUCCAGAGAAAAUUAUGAGAAUUACAUUCCAGCAGACUCUUUCAUACAUGUGGAAGAUUUUCUCUCCCCCAGAGAGCUGGCAGAAUAUCUUCUGAUGCUUGACAAAAAUAACAAGAUGUAUCUUAGUUAUUUCAACUGGAAGAAAGAUUUUUCAGUGCAUCUUCCUAGGUUCUGGGAAUCACACGCAUGUCUUGCCUGUGAUCAUGUGAAAAGACACCAGGAAUACAAGUCCAUUGGAAAUUUAGAAAAAUGGUUUUGGAAUUAAUCUGUGGGGGUGUGUGUGGGUGUGUGCUUGUGUGUGCACUUUUUUGAAGAAGCCAGAAAGGACUUCAGUCCAAGUGGAGAGGAAAGGAAAAGAGAAAAAAUGGAAGGAAAAGAGACUCUCAUGUCAUGGUUUAUCCGUUGUUCUCUCUUGGCUAUCCUAUUUAUAUUUUGUAAGAGAUUUUAAAAGAUCAGCAGCAGCAGUCAUCAGUACUCAGUUUCAAAUUAUAAUAGAGAUACUAAUUAUGUGCACUGAAGAGUAUUUGAUUGCUUAUUAUAAAUUUAAAACAAGAUUUCCCACAUUUUCUGUGAAACUUGUCCUGGUCUUACACUUGAAGUAGUCAUUUCUAACAAUUUUUUUUUUUUUCUUUUUAACAUUACCUUUGUUGUUUAACCUAUUUGGAAAAUGAGAAAACAAUUUUUAAAUGUCAGAGAAAAUUUUAAGAAGAUAAUUUGUUGUUCCAAACUGAAAUGUGUGUAAAACUUCAAAAGACAGUAAAGUUCCCUGUGUACAACUUACAUUAAGAGCACAGUAGAGUACAAUACCUAACAUUAUGGAAGUGUGAUUAAUUGCCCCCUUUUUAAGGGUAAUGAACCUAGAAUUAUGGGUUUUUUAAAUGUAUUAGAAUAAUAGAUAGUCUUUGUUUCUAAAAAUGUUUCCUAACAAAAGGUCCCAUUAUGUUGCUUCAGAAAUAUAUCUUUUCUUACCCUCUGAAGAACACAGAAGUCAGAUUUAGAGAAAAUUACCAAUCCUGGUGACCAAGGCCUAGAUUCAUCCAAUUUUUGAGUACAUUCAAAUGCAACACACCCUUGGCCCUCAAUAUGUCUCAAGUAUUUUUAACCUGAACUAGGGCAUUAAGUAGUGUUACACUGAGAUAAACAGAUUUUAACAAAGGUGUUUGAUUACAUCAGCCUCGUGCACUGUAUUCAGCUGGUAAUCAUGGAUUUUUAGAAGCAGUUUGCUGACAAAUUUUAGAAAGCUAUCUCGUAUAAUUUCUUGGAUAAUGGUGAAUUUUUCCCCAAAUUCUGCAAAGAUCUGUUGAGUUUUAACUGUAUCUGAACAACUUGAUGUUAUGACACACAAAUGUGGGGAAAAAAUUGCUAAGCAAUCAAUUUUCUGAGAGAAAUAGGGUGAAUUCAGUAAAUAAGCUAUCAGGCUUUCAAUUUAUUAAGCUAAUGAAUUUGAGGGGUUGAAAAUAUUUAUAUGAGUGGUAUUAAAAUUCAUUCUUCAGAGCAACAACUGCUAUCAAUAUUUGAUAAUAUAAGUAGGUUUUUAAGUAUUAAAUUUGCUCUAAUAGCAAACACAAUAUUGUGAUGAUUGUCAUAACUGUUUAAAAUGUCUACUUUAAACAUGCAUCAUUUGAUUUUGCUACUUCUUGCAGCUAAGAAAAAUUUCUGAUUGCCAUAUAUAUUCAUAUAUACAAGGUUGAUUUAAUGACAUGGGUAUGUUUUGGUAUCAAAUGAAAGCAAAUCAGCUUGGAUUUUCAGGUUAAAGUGUUGCAAAUCACACCAGCUACUGGAAAAAAAAGAAAAAGGUUAGACUAGAAUGACUUCUGCUUGUGAGAUGUAUAAGACCCUGAUCAAGCAAAGUAGUCAAUCAAGUAACUAAGAUUAAAUUUGCAGACAAGAUUUAAUUUGCUGAAGUAAGGAAAUGAGAGUUAAAUGAUAAAUAUUUAUCAGAAGACAAUGUGACUUUUCAGAUUUUUAUUUUCUUUUUAUUCCAGGCUGGAAUAGAAACACAAAAGGCUAUAAGAGUAACUAGUUAAAUUUCUAGAACUCAAAACCACAUGGAAAAAUUAUAGAAUCACUUUUGCUCUCCCUAUGGUUUCAAAAGCCAGCUAGCUUUCAAUAUACUGUGAAUCACCUAAACUCACCAGCAUUCUAGUAUGCACCAAGACAAGCUUACCUUGAAAAUUAAUGCAAUACAGGGAAACUGAGUCUUCUAAGAACAAACUCCUCACAUGCAUGUAAUAUGAGAAGUAUUUUAUCAUUUUGAAGGGAAGUGGUUCUGGCUUAUAGUCUGACCUACAGACUAUAACAUAACAUUUUGUUCUCAGGAGGACUGUGAAAUUCUCAGUGACCGAGCAGACCACUAGUUUGGCUCAAUAACCUGAUUUCCUCAGUGCUGGAAUUUGCAUUGACUUCAGUGAAAGGUGAAUGUGUACAAUCCUUUUUUCCAUUCCUCACUGCAGAUCAUGAGAGUUGUUCUGUGGGUUAGAAGGCCUGAGGUCAAAUCAGACCAGUUUCUUGGUAGCAAGUUCAGCUAAGUCCUUACAGUAAUAACAAACAAGCAUGUAUAAGAUAUAUGUGCUGUUACUACAGAUAUUUGUCAGUGUAUGCACAGGAAAGUUUUGAAAUAUACACUGAAUUUUAAUCCUGUAACCUCUUCAUCUCUGCAAGCACAAGUGCUUAAUCUUAGGCUGAAUUUCAUGAAAUGUGAAAUUCUUUUCAUGGAACUGGAAAAAGUGUGGUUCUUUUCACAAGAAGAGAAGCUCCACACAAGGCUUGUAUACAUUUCAUGCAGGAAACAUUGCUAAAAUUGCUUAAAAAAUUAAUAAAACAGGAGAGAAAUCUAAUCCAGAACUAUGCAUAAGAAUCUUUACCAAAUCCUGAAAAGUAUACAUGACCCUAAUGCCUCACUGGCAUUCUUGAAGAGUAAGGGCUGGAGCAAAAUUAAGCCAAUAUUUAUAAGGAUUUUAACGUGAUCUGCAGAUAUCAGGCCUUAAGCAGUUCUGGAUUUAAAGAUCUUUGUUGACAGAAGAUGAAGCAUUUUUGGGCAUGUCCAGCCUAUGCAGUAAAUGAUGUGAAGCAAUGUAUAUAAAACAUCUGUGCACCAUGCAUGAUAAAGGCUGCCUGCCUAGACCUAGACACUUAACUCACCUAAAGUUGCUUCCAGUCUGUAUCUGUAUUCAACUUUGUGAGGUCUGUGCUUCUUUUGUGAUCUACUCUACAUGAACAGCAAGCACAAACAGACUCAAAUAACAAAUCACUGUGAUAGAGAAUGAGCAAAUGCAACCAACUGUGGAAGGGUAAAUUACAUGGGACUAGACAAAACAGGUAUUGUGCUUUGGUACUGCUGGCAAAAGAAGAUAAUUGUAUCAGAAAAAAGAACUAAAAGUUGGGCAAUCACACCAGUUCUAACAAUUUUCUCAACAAGUUUCUUUCAGAUAUUCAGUUUAUUUUGUUUGCCAGUCCAUAGCAGUCUUGAGUUGCACUCAUCACAAGUUAACUAAGCAGUCAGUGAAGAAAGAGAGUAAUCACCAUUCUUUCUUUUACAGUGGCUUACUUUGGAUGUUUUUAGGUUCUUUGUCAUGCACUGAGCUAUCAACAUUACUGUUUUUCUCAGUGUGGAAAAUAAGUCCCAAACCAGAUAAAAUACUAAGUGCACAUGCUACCCCACUGAAUGUGAGGAGGUAUAUAUCCUUCUACAGCAAUUUUCCUUUCAUUUCAUAGAAAAUGUCCACAGCAGAUCUUGCUUAGUAUGAGAUCCCUAUUCCUUAAUGAAUCCUGUUGUCAGUUUAUUUGAAUGCCUCUUUCCACAUGUCUGCACCCACAACGGGCAAGCAACCUGAGUGAGGCCCACAGAAAGUGUGAGACAUAUUUGUCUUUUAAGAAACAGAUCAAAUAAAAUGAAAGUUUGACUGUGAGAGCAUGAAUGUGGGGAUUUGUAGAGUUCAUGUAGGCUGAGCAAGGUUUGGGAAACUGACACCACUGAACACAAUGAAGAGCUGCUUGCUCUCUCUAGAUGCUCAUGUUUGUUUUUUAAAGUAGGCUUGAAAAAAACACAUAACUUCCUCCCAUCUCUAAACAAGCAGUUAAAUAACCAAUAACUGUUUCUAUUUAUUUAAGAAUGGGACACCUGUUGGCCUUGUAUUAUCUUUUUUAUUAGAUGCAGAAUAACAUUCAGGAGAAGAGAGGAGUCUAACAGUAAGAUAAUUAUUCUAUUAUCUAGAUUCAAGGAUCUUUAUUCUUUUUUUUUUAUUUUUUAUUUGUAAGUCCUCAUGCAGCAACACAUGACAUGAAAAUUAAGCACGUACUUAAUUUUAAGAGCAUCUUAAAUGUUUUAAUGCACUGGGGCUGCAGAGAAUGUUUUCAUUGCCUUUAGGAAUUGUGCCAAAGAGUGUGAUCUGUAGAUAUCAGAGACCAAUUUGUGUGGCCUCUUUUGCAUCAUGUAUAUAGUGAGUAAAGAUUGAUUGAGUAGAAAGUGAGUAGUCCACACUGAAAACCUUGGAUUCAUUCUUAUCUGGUGUCUAACCAAUAAAUCUUGGCCCAUCUCUUCUGCUUCAGCAUACUAAAUGUGCCUCAACCACUUCAGGCCAUCCCUUCAGCACAGCAUCCCAGCUUACAGCUUGCCCAUCCUAUUCAGGGUCACUGAACUUCCAUGUGGCAUAACAAGGAUGAAAACAAAAUCUGGUCAUGUCCAAAAACCUGGACUCAGUGUGCCCUACAGAGAGUCAGUCUCAGCCACACAUGGUUUUCCUCUCAGGAAAGUAUUUGGUUCAUUCUAGGUGAGACUGUGAGUAAUCACUGUGUGUGCAAAGUGGGAACAAGAAGUGUCUCUGUGUAGGCUGACAAGGAAGCUUCUGACCUAUUUAAACCUAGCAGUGAAAAUUAAACAAAUACUCAAGUGUUUCCUUGGUCAAAACUAGUAUGUUAUUGAGAAGAGACUUCAGGGGCAGUAUUUGUAUACCUACCUACCUACCUACCUACCAGCUGCUGAGCUUUUUCAUUAAUUUUGACUGACAGUUCUGUAUUGGCUUUUUUUUUUUUUUUUUUUUUGUUUUUGUUUUUAAUAAAAGUGAUUUUUAAAUGUUAGAAAUCAAUCAAUAUGAUUCAUACAAAAUAGCUAUUUCACCUCAAUCUUUUGCUUCUUGCUUGGGCAAAUUUUCUACCAGACUUAGCAGGUAAUUUGGGAGUUUCCUAUGCUAGUAACAAAGGAUGAAGCAAAGGGUGAAAUGCUUUGGGUAAAAAAACCCCUAUCUUAUUCAUGGAUAUUUCCCUUCUAAUAUUUUAAUAUCUAGCUAGUGCUAUGGCCAAUUCUACAUUUACAGAAUCAAUGUUAAAAGCAUGCUGGUUAGAUAUGCUCAUAAAAGGUACAGAAAUACCAAUAAAUUGAUUAAAUAAACCAUGCAGUGGUAAUUUUAAUUCAUGGCACUGUUACUCCAGGGUGAUGCAGAUGAUAAAACCAUCAACUCGUGAGAAAUAACUUGGCCUAGAGACAUCAUCCAGCAGUUUCCGUACUGGAGGAAGCCACUUCAUUACUCUAGUGCAGAUGUAAUUAAUUGGCAAUGUUUUGUGUCCCCAUAUUCUCUACACAAUUGACUGAAAACAACAGUCUCUGUACAGUGAACUGUUCAGAGAUUCUCUCAUGUGGCAGAGAGCCUUUACCCCCAGGUUAACAGCCUGAAUUAUGAGUCAGUUGGUCCAGACCACUGUUACAUUCUUAAGUAAAUAAUUAGCAGGCAAAUUAUUUAAUUAUUGCAAUUUGGCAGCAAAAGCAACUGUUUGUUGUUCUUCAUUAUGAAUUAGUCCAGUAGAAAAGAGGAUUUGAUGAAACUUUAUCCCCCUGGUUUGUUAUAGCCUGGUUGGAUCCAGAUACAGAAACAUGUUUGAUAGCAAAAUUGGAAAGAUAUAUGGUAUACCAACACAGAUACAUGUAAAGUUUGGACAAAUUUCCUACAGAACCUUGAAACUAUAAAUAUGCACUUUAGCAGUCACCAAAUGGAAUAUGUUCCCAUCAAUCCAUUUCUUGAUAAUAUCAUAAGAAAAGCCAGUCUAAUAUAAGCCAAUAGGCAAAUAAAUUAAUUAAAAAACCCUACAUUUUCUUUGCUGCUUUGUAACACACAUAAGAGCUGAGAUUAAAAGUUUGGAAAGUUAACUCCCUUGGUGUAAUUUAAUGUUUUAAAGAAUCUGUGGAUACACUGGAAAGAAGUAAGUGAGAAGCUUUUCCAUCUGUAAGAAAUCCUAACGUGCCAAACUGUUUCCAGUGAAUGAACAAAACAGUUAAGUAUACUGACUUUUUAUUAGGAUUUGAAAAAAUCUUCUAUUAACGCACUGUAAUUUUGCACUAUUUUGUAAGAAAAUUUUAAAAAAAGGAAAAAGAAAAAAAGGAACUGAAAAACAGAAAAAAGUCUAAAAAUAGAUGCCAAAUGUAUAGUUUGUAAAAUACUAUUUUUCUGAUAUCUCAUUACAUUGUGAUUCUAACUGUGUUAUUGUAAACUGUGAAAAAUGUGAUGUUCUGUUGUGACACAGCCUAUGAAGGGCCAUUUCUAAUACAGGUUAUUCACCUGGACUUGUUUAUAUGAAACAUAUUCAUAAAUCUGAGAUCACUUUUAUACUUAUUUUUUGUAGGCUAUUUUUCCACAUUUGCAACACAACUGUUAUUUUAUAUCAAACAUUAAUUUUGCUUUCAAAUAUUAUUUGAAUAGGUGGGUGAGUGUCUUAAAUGUGCCAGAGAUUCAAAUCUGUAACAGAGAUAACUCAGAAACUCUUCUUUGCCAAACUGUAAUGCUACUAAAAUCAAUGAUGUUUUGUUGAAAAAUAGGCACACUUUCAAUAAACAUAAGUUGCUAGUCCAAUAAUGAUGACAAUGUCACAUUUUCUAGGAUGAAUGCCUGGUAGUUAUGAGCUGCAUUUCCCUGCUGUCUUUGUGUAUGUUGAGGAAACAAAACUGUGUGCCAUAGCUGAACGUCAGAGAUAUUCAGUCACCUAAAUAACGUGCCAUGGAUUUGACCUCUGGGGUACAUUAAUGAGGAUUAGGAGAAAAAACAAGCUGCUUGUCCUGAUUCAAACUCAGUUUCUGUGAUGGGUCACAUGGAAAUGGGGUGGUUGUCAAGGCAGGACUGGGACAAUCUGAGCAGAAAGAGUAAGUUCUGUGCACAGAAACUUGGGGACAACAUUUAUUGUGUUAGUGCAAGAUCAGGACCAAAGUCCCUUUCUUGUACCUUUGAACUCACACAUGUAACACUGAGUGAGAUGAUCUGAUAGGAACCCUUUCUUCAUGUUCCCAGCUAAUGAUAUUCCUUGUGCUGACAACUUUUAUGUGUCUUAUAUAGUAUGUGUAUAAUGCAUAAAUUCGUGUGUAAGAAAGAGUAAACAUGGCAAAUCGAAUCUUAAUAAAAAUAAUAGAAAUAAUUCUUACUUGCAGGCACAUUUUAAGAUGCCAUGUUAAAAGUUCUUGUAAAAAGCUGUAUUUUUUAUUUAUUAGUGAUUGUAUAUUUUGCCCCAUGAUCUAGACAUUUUAUAUCAGGGAGUCAACCAAAAGCCUGGUUUUUGUUCUCUUUGAACACUACCAUCACCCUGAGAUGCAUCUGGAAAAUGUAGAGGUCAACCACUGAUGUUUUGUGGUAUUUUUUUUAAUAUGAUGUUGUUGUUGAACUUACUUCUGAUUACCUAUAGCUAUGUUCAGAGUUUUCAGCAUAAUUUAAUUGCAAACUGAAGAUAUCUACUGAAUGAAACUACAGGUAACCAUAAUUAUUACAAAGACUUUGACCAUUUAUGUGAAAUUAAUAUUUCAGAACACUGAUUCCAAGAUGGUUAAUGAGCAGCUCAUUGACUCUUAUUUAUUGAGCACUGGAAUUCUCCCUAAAGGAUAAACACUGAAACAUGUAAAUAAUAGUGCUCUAUAUAAGCCUAACAUAAUAUUGUAAUAGGUAUAUUUAAAAUAAAAAGAGAACAUUCC